ACGUCGGAGGUGGGAGCUGUGCGCAGGACAACACGAGAUUUAACCAGCCUCAAAAAAAAAAAAAGACCGUGUCACACUUGGAAAACUCUGCCACAAGACAGAGGGACACAUGCAAAUAAAAGAGAGCACAUUACGAACCGGGACGGUGCGGUUUGAAAUCGAGAAGAGAACGAGAAAGACAAGUGCUGCUGCUCUGGCUGGGUACAGUGACGGGAUGAUUUCUGAUCUCCGACGUUUGGAUGAUUCGGGAGAGGGCAGAGGGCAUUUAGAGUCAUACCUGUGAGGCCGCCUGCAUGGAAAUGUGCUGACAUCAGCACUUUGCAUUUCAAACCCGCGGGCUAGAGGCGGAUGAGGAGGAUGCUGCAGUGACGAUACAGAAAAAGCUGGGUUUGCAUAGAUCGUAUCAGGCUGUCAGUGUGCAGUAGUGCUGGAGGCUGCAGGGUGGCUGUGUGCUGUGUGAAGUUCCUGAGGGUGCAGAGGGGCAGUCACUCACAGAGAGACACUUGUACAGAAAGCGGACUUGCGCUCUUUCACGGAAAGGAUAUAAAAACGCAGUCUCACACCUCUGCCACUUUGCACGGGCGUGUUGGUUGUGGCAGCACCUCAGGGAUUUGAAGGAGGCGGGUUGGUGCUGGCGUGAUGGUGGUGGUGUGGUUGCCUCAGGAGUGGGCCUGCCAGGCUAUUCUCCUGGUGACUGGACUGGCAUCACUAAGCCGUGGGUCUGAUGCCAACAAGUUGGACACCAUGCUGCUGAAGAACGGAUUGAAGGGGGGAUCGGAGCGAAGGGCAGAGGAGAGCAGCAGCAGCACGGCCACAGUUUCAGCGCAAAACAUGCUUUGGUGCCACUGCUACCACCACUGCCCCGAAGACUCUGUCAACAGCACGUGCAAGACUGAUGGUUACUGCUUCACCAUGGUGGAGGAGGAGGAGGGGGGUGUGGCUGUACUCACCGCAGGUUGUUUAGGACUGGCUGGUUCUGAGUUCCAGUGCAGAGACAUGGGAAAUGCACGUUCCAGGAGAGCUCUCGAGUGUUGCACAGAUCAGGACUAUUGCAACAGAGACUUGCAUCCCACCCUUCUUCCACUCAUGACGUCAGAUUAUGUUGACAGCAGUAUCCAGUACAUGGCGCUCUUCAUUUCAGUCACAGUCUGCAGCAUCAUCCUUGGUCUCAUCCUCGUCUUUUGCUACUUCAGAUAUAAGCGCCAGGAGUCUCAGCCACGCUACAGUAUCGAUCUGGAGCAGGAUGAGACCUACAUCCCCCCUGGGGAGUCUCUGAAGGACCUGAUAGAGCAUUCCCGGAGCAUCGGGUCUGGCUCUGGGUCCGGACUCCCUCUACUGGUGCAGCGAACCAUUGCCAAGCAAAUUCAGAUGAUUAAACAGAUUGGAAAAGGGCGAUACGGAGAGGUCUGGAUGGGAAAAUGGAGAGGAGAGAGAGUGGCCGUCAAAGUCUUCUUCACCACGGAGGAAGAGAGCUGGUUCAGAGAGACUGAAAUUUAUCAGACCUUCCUGAUGAGACAUGACAACAUACUCGGGUUCAUAGCAGCCGACAUUAAAGGAACCGGCUCGUGGACUCAGCUCUACCUGAUCACAGACUACCAUGAGAAUGGAUCCUUAUAUGACUACCUCAAGUCCAACACCUUAGACAUCAAGUCUCUGCUGAAACUGGCCUACUCCUCCAUAUCAGGCCUCUGUCACCUGCACACUGAGAUCUAUGGCACACAGGGCAAACCGGCCAUCGCACACAGAGACCUGAAGAGUAAAAACAUCCUGGUGAAAAAAAACGGAUCCUGCUGUAUAGCAGACCUUGGGCUGGCUGUCAAGUUCAACAGUGACACUAAUGAGGUGGAUAUCCCUCCCAACCUACGCGUUGGUACGAAGCGCUACAUGCCACCUGAAGUGUUGGAUGAGACCCUGAACAGGAGCUACUUCCAGUCUUUUAUAAUGGCUGACAUGUAUAGUUUUGGCCUCAUCGUUUGGGAGAUGGCGCGACGUUGCAUCUCUGGAGGCAUUGUGGAGGAGUAUCAGCUGCCCUAUCACGACCUCGUGCCCACCGAUCCUUCCUAUGAGGACAUGAGAGAAGUUGUCUGCAUUAAGAAACAAAGACCCUCAUUUGCUAAUCGUUGGAGCAGCGAUGAGUGUCUACGACAGAUGGGAAAGCUGAUGUCAGAGUGCUGGGCUCACAACCCGGCCUCCCGCCUCACAGCCCUGAGGGUGAAGAAGACCCUGGCGAAGAUGUUAGAGUCCCAGGACAUCAAAAUGUGACAGAGAGUCGAGAGAGAUGCUCUCAUCACCCACAGACUUGUCACUGCCACUGGCACAGCGCCACUUACACUGGCCAACAGAAGAAAGGGAAAAAAAAGAGACUGUGAACGAUAGGACAAAGGAAACUGACUGGGAGGAUGAGCGAUGGACAUAAUGGUCGGCGGGGAGCCAGAAAAAUGAGAGGCAAAAAACGUAUUAUGUCAGGGGAGACCUAACCUGCCACUGUCUCAGUCACCUCUGCCUCAGACAAAGUGUUCAGGUUGUGCUUUCUGUGAAAGCUGAGUGGUUGUCGGGUCCAGACUGUCCAGGCGGGCAGGCGGACAGGGACCUUUGCAGGAGAGGACUAAGAUCCCUCUGAUCAGUUCAGUACAGAGGAAGCUCCUGCUCUGCCCUUCUAAAGCCAUAUAGCAGUAUUCCAUGUGCAGUCUUUUGUACCGUCACAGCUGCCUUCGUAUUGUUUUGUUUCUUUCUGACUCAGUCACUGCGUGCUGUAAUAUCAUAGCAGACUGUAAACUGUCUUUCAGUUCCAUAGUGACUGUCAUCUAUCCAAAGAAAUGUCUAAUUCAUGCUCAGUGACCUCAUUUAUCAAAGACGUAAUUAUUAUUAUGAUGAUGAUUAUUAUUAUUAUUAUUACUACAGAACAAAGCACAAUAAGACUACAUAAAUGAAAAAUAACAUUUCCAGCAGAAACAGAAUUUUCUAUAUAGUAUUUCAAACAAAUUUCAUUUUAUUUCAAUAUUAAAAGAUAUAUGGGUAAAACUUAUGUCAUUGAUGGACUUUUGUUGUCCUUCGAGCCUCCAGAGCUGAGACUUAGGCCUUGAUCUCCCUCAUUGUCUCUUCUUUCCACUCACAAAUAAUUUGUAAAUAGUUGAGCUGAAAUCUAUUGAUAAUUAUUGCCUUGUUGGAUGUUAAAAUAUGUUCUUGACGAUUUCUGUGUACAGAAUAUGUCCCGUCCACUCUACCACUAUGGCAUGUGCCUUAUUUAAUCUGUACAUAUGUGAUUAUGAGAGUGUAUGAGUGGAUCUGGAUAACAUUCCCCAAUAAAACGACUGUGUCUC